AUGAGACGAACUAGACAAGAGGAUCGUCUAUUUAAAAUAAGAUAAGAUAAAAUGGUAUAAAUAGGCUUUCGUCUUUGAAAUAGCACAUUCAGGGAGUUAAACCCCGUGUGUAACAACGAAAAUGCGCGGGUUCUUCGUUGUUUGUUUAUGCUUGGGCGCGGCCCUUGCUGCUGAGUUCCCUGGAAAGUUCCAGGUUAAUUCAAAUGCCCGCCGUUUCAAUAGCGGCGUGAGCGCCUCGGCGUCGGGUGCCUACAAUGAUAAUUCCGGGCGCUACCGCGGCGACGUCAACUCUGGACGCUACGUCGACAACUCUGGACGCUACGACCCUGCGGCCGACAACUUGGGCCGUUACGUGCCCGAUGAUCUUGGCAAAUACAAUGGUGACCGAGGAGACCGCGGUGGCGCCGGCGGUUUCUACACCGGCUCCAGCGACCGCGGCGCUCCCGGAGGCUUCUACAAGGGCUCGAGCGACCGUGGCGGUUCCGGUCGCCAGUACACCGGUGACAACUACAACGGAUUCGGUGCUGGUCGUGCCGGUGGCGCUGGUGGUGCCGGUGGUGCUGGUGGUGUUGGUGGUGUCGGUGGCGUCGCUGGUGUCGGCCGGAGCGGCAAGGCUGGCUCCACCUUCGGUUCCGGUGUCGGUGUAAGCGGCGUUGGGGUAUCCAGCAGCGGCAACGCCGGCAACUAUGACUACAAAUACGGCAUCAUCCGGCAAGAGGGAGAAGUCGAACCCGAUGGCUACCACUACCUGUACGAGACCGAGAACAAAAUCCUUGCCGAAGAGGCCGGUAAACUUGAGAAGAUCGACAACCAAGACGAUGCUAUAACUGUCAAGGGAUUCUAUGAGUUCGUCGCCCCUGAUGGCAUUACCUACAGAGUCGACUACACCGCUGAUGAGAACGGCUUCCAUCCCUCAGGCGCCCACAUUCCCAAACAAGGUCUGUAUCCCGAAGACGACGGAGACUACAGAUAUAUACACCAGGAGGGUCCAAACGGAGGGUUUGGGGGCAAUGGUGGAUUCGGAGGGAACGGGGGCUAUGGAGGCAACGGAGGAUUUGGAGGAAAUGGAUACGGAGGAGGAGACGGACAUGGAAAUGGGUAUGGAAAUGGAGAUAGGUACGGCGACGAAAACGGUGUAGAUGAUUCGUCAUAUAAGCCAAAUAAAAUCGAUUAUGGGAAAAAGAUCUACGCAGAGCGAUACCCUCAUCUCCACAAGAUAAUUGAAGCGCUGGUUAACCAGUACGUGUCUCCGGACUACAUCGGUUUCGGAGAUGAGUCGCAGGGCAGCUCGGCGCACUACAACAAGGUGUACGACAAUAAGGAGGUGGCUGUCAAGUGCCACUACCUCUCCCCUACGGAGCAGGCAAAUGCUUCAGAGUUCGUUACGCAGUACCCACCACGCUUAAAUUCUUUGAUGCCUGGAGAUACACCGGGGUCCUUCUACAGCUUCAAAGGCACGAAGGUCCUCAGCGCAGUCACCAACUAUCGCCCAUGCAAGCUUAAUCUGGAGUACGAAGUAUUGAACCGAUUAUCGUUUAAACUGUAUCAUUCGAGUUAUUUCGCUCGAUUCAAGCGUUCUUUUGAUAAAAUGAAGCUGAUUUUGUCCCUCGUGGUGGUAGCUCUACUCGGCCUCAGUAUAGCUGAGGACGAUGGCCAGUACAAUCCAGGGCUAUACGGGGAUGACGGCAGGUACCGCCCGGGCGACGAGGGCCGGUACUAUGGAUCGUCUGACGCCAAGUACCGUGUGUACACAGCUUUAGAUAAUAGGUACAGGAGCCUGUUCGGAAGGAAUGGCAAAUACGGUUCGAUCUACAGCGCGUACCAGCCAGUGUAUGUGAAGGCGUACAAUCCGUACUACCAACCGCUGCUCACACCUUACGUCAACUAUGGAGACCAAAAUGGACUCGAAGUAGAACCCUUCGCUUCAUCCCAAGCAACGGUGACCGAUCGCCCAUCAGUCGUGCCUGUCCUGCCAUCAGCUCGGCCCUUCGUCUAUUCAGUGAAACCUAGCCCUUUAGCUUCCUACACACCCGUGGUCUACUCAAGGUCAGGCUACGAGCCCAGCGCAAAAAUCCUCAGGCAAGAAAAUGAUGUCGAUGUGGACGGAUACCAUUAUCUAUUCGAAACCGAAAACGGUAUCGCGGCUGAAGAAGCAGGGAAGGUCGAGCCAGAUGUAAACGGUGGAGGCACUAGAGCUAAGGGAUUCUAUGAAUACAUUGGGGAUGAUGGCGUCAAGUACCGCGUGGAUUACACGGCUGAUGAAAAUGGCUUCCAACCGGCUGGUGCUCAUUUGCCUAAAGCUUGAAUUUUAGUUAUCAGUGUUCCC